AUGCCACAACAAAGAGACUCCGCCCCUCAGGGGUUCGAUCCCUUCGGACGACUUCCCGUAGAGAUGAACGUUAAAAUCAUGCUCUUGCUUGGUGUAGACGAGUUAUUGUCGCUGACGCGAGCUUCGCCCACGGCAUGGCAGCACUUCCGAGCGGAUCACGCCAUCAUCAUAAGAUCUCACCUUCCACGAAUUUACAUUCACUACGGUCAUCCAGCUUCCAUUCCUCUACUCAUGCUGCUUAUUCGACUCCGAAAGUUGCGAGCAGAACUCAGAGGGAAGCCUAGAGCAGACAUCGAGAACAAACUUGACCCCAUCCUUACCUCUAUUCUCUCCGAAGACUGUAUGGAGACGCCACCACAAUGGAAGUCACACCUGCCGAUCUUGGCAGCUGCAACGGGUCUAAUACCAGAACUUUGCAAUGUUUUCAAAAAGCGGUCAAUAUAUGGUUGGGAAGCAGGUCUAUCACUCACAGAAAUUCCCCCUUACGCUACUUGGGUCUUUGUUGAGUCCUUCUUACGCUACGAGUGCUUUUGCAAUAUCUCCUAUGGGUCAGAAGGCUUUCUAUUUCAGGAUAUGUUUGACUUCAAAAACAUAUUCUUAAAGCCUUUUCUAGUAAAAACCAGCUUCGGUCCGAGCGAAUUGCGUGCUUGGGGUCAACCUGAAAGUAUGGUCAAACCAUGCGACAUGACGAUGGAUGAGUGGCGGCAGUGGACGCAGUCACCGAUGAGCUAUUUCAAAUUUGACGCACCAGAGUUCUAUAUUUGGCAAUCAAGAUUGAUUGUCCAGCGUGUGCGGGAAUCACUUCUCUCGAAAUCACCUAGAUGUGCAAAGUCCGGCAAGAGGCUCCUCAACAUGCUUAUGAUCCAAGGGAAUAGAUAUUGGAAUUUUCGCUAUCAUCUUAGCCUCCAGGGAAAUGAUCUCCUGACCCGCCUCGCGAGCCUUAAACGACCUGGGGAGUUUGAGAGUUACAUCAUUGCAGAACAUUCUUCUUUUCUCGCCUCUCAACCUGGACCAGACUCAAUAUUACCAUCUGACCUAGAGGAUAUGGAAUUUAUUAAGACGGGUUGGGAGUGCGUGUGA